AUGUCAGGCCUGCAGGGUGACGACGGCUUUGUCGGAGCUACCGUCACCCGCGACGAGGGCCUUCCCGAUGACUUCUUCGAUGCCUCAGCCUACUCCUUCUUCGGCACCACCGGAGACGAUGUCGGGGGCCUGGAGGGAGAGCUGGAGCUGGGGUUGGAGGGCCCGCCCGAGGAGGAGAGCUGCGUGGUAGAGGACGACGACUACUACCUGGGCUACCAUGCGGAGGGGGCAAGUGAUGAGGAGGACCUGUCCCUGGCCAGCCUGUAUGCCGUGGCUGGUGUCAGCACGCAGGUCCUGCCCAAGCCCGCCGCCGAGCCCGCCCCGCCCGUGCCGGCGCCCCCGCCCCCGCGGCCCAGCGGCAGCAUCGCCUUGGGCGGUCUGCUGGCCGCGGGCGGCGACCGCGCCUUCUACACGCCGUCCCCCCCGGCCGCAGGCGCCCGCUCGCUGGAGUCACGGCCCGGCUCUGGCGGCCCCCCGCUGUCGACCUCGCUGCUGGGCCAGGGCCCCCUGCCGCCAGAGCCGCAGCCCAGUACCUACUACCAGGACCAGGGCGGCGCUUUCCAGGACCCCAGCGUUGUGGCGGGGGCCCCCGGCCUCCUCCGCCACCAGCAGGCACUCGCCGGCUAUGCAGCGGCGCCACCCCCGCCGGUGGGCAUGACCGCCAGCGCUCUUGAAGCCUCGCUGCUGGCGAGGUCGGCGGAGCCCCAGCCGCCGCCCCUGGGCCCCCCCUCGGGGCACCCCAGCCUGUACAUGAGCAGCAACGAGAUCGACGGCAUCCUGUACACCCAGUGGCGGGGCCUGCAGCAGGGCCCACCCUAUGUUGAGGACUACUACUUCCAGGGCUUUGUCUACAAGUACUACAACCGCAAGAACCGGCGCUUCUUUGCCCCAGAGUCUGUGCGCGAGCUGGCACCCACGGAGAAGCUGAGCGCCGACCAGGUGGCAUUCGUGCACCUGGACGGUCUGGGCCGCGUGCCCUUCUCCAACAUCCGCCGCCCGCGCCCCCUGAUGGAGCUGGGCGGCGGGCCGGGUGUCGCGGAGGAGGGCGCAGAGGCCGGGCCGGGCGCGCCGGCGCGAUCCCGGCGCCGGCGCCUGGAUCAGGAGCCGCUGCUGGCUGCACGCAUCAUGAUCGAGGACUGCAUGUCCCUCAUCCUGGACGUGCAGGACAUCGACCAGAUCUUUGUCGCGGCUGCGGGAUACCCCAUCCAGGACGAGGCGGCGCUGCGCUCGCGGCGGCAGCUCCUGCUGGAGGGCCUGUCGGCCUCGCUGCGCCUGCCAGACGCGCCCGGCGCGAGGCGCGCCGCGCCGGACCCCGGCGCGCCAGGCGACGCCGUGUUCCGGCGGCUGAUGGGCCUGCGCAAGGGGCGCACGCUGGCCGCGCGCGCGCUGCGCGUGACUUUCCCGCCCGCCGAGGAGCGGCAGCGCCCGCUGCCCCUGGCCCGCGCGGCGCCGAACCUGCGCCUGCUCUGGGCCGUGCUGCGCGGCGCGGGCGUGCUGUGGUCUGACCCCGGCGGCGGGGUUGCCGAGGCCGCGGACGAGCUGGCCGCCUCGGCGCGCCUGGCCGACGCGGCGGCCGAGGUCUUGGCGGCCCUGCCCGCGGCCCGCAUGCUGGCGGACGCGGCCGUCGCGCUGGCCGCCGGGCUGGCCGAAGGAACGGCCGCCUCGCUGCAGGCGCCGGGUGCGCUGGCCGCCCCCGUGCCCGCGCCAGAGACGCCCUGGCUGGGCGGCGCCGUGCUGGCGCUGGAGGGCGGGGAGGCGGGGGCCCUGAGUGCCGCGCUGGAGGGCCUCAGGGCCUGA